AACUCGCAAAAAGUGAAACAGAUCAAGAAGCUGCUAAGCUUGAGUUGGCACGUUGUUAUGCAAAUGGUAAAGGUGUUACUAAAAAUAAGGAUAAAGCAUUACAACUCUAUUUAGAACUCUCAAAAAGCGAAGAGUAUCAACGUGAUGCUUGUAAAUGGUUAACAAGUUAUUAUAGAGAUAAAGAUGAAGAAAUGUCUUAUAAAUACUCCACACUUCAAAUUACACUUUCUUGUAAUGGUAAUACUCGAGCAUUACGAGCGUUAACCUUUCGUUCAAAAACUACCCAACGUAUGAUGCAGUUUUUAGUUAGUGG